GCAAUCAGUGAUUUAGAAAAAAAAUCGUUUCAAGAUAUUCAAUGUCGCCUUUACCGAAAAACCCUACAAGAUAUCCCACAGAAAAUCCUACAGGGUUUUUCAGUGAGGGCCGCGUAUACAUUUCAUUCUCAUGAACGCCGAGUCAUUCAUAAACAAUGCAGAAAUUUCGCAUGCGCGCGCUUACGAAGAAAGUUUGCUGAAUUAUACUUUUAGCAAAUUAUCAAAAGCUUACUUUCAAGCUUAGAACUACUUUCACCUCACUUAUGCCAUAUUUUAUUUAGCACUAGUCCCUACUUUGCAAUUUUAAAUUUCGCGCGCAUGCAGCAGACGACACAAGGUUAUUCUAUAUAGAUGGCGCGCUGAGCCGAUCGAUGUUUCUAGCUAACCCAACCUUCAAUGAUUUCCAGCCGCACGCUUCAAGCACACAUCGCUCAGCCGCUCACACACAGUACACAGAGACAUCAACAGUUCGGAAAGUUUGUUUACACUGCAAAGUAAAUUGAUUAAGUGAGUUUGCACUUUGAAUUCAACGUCUACCGCAGCUAGUAUUUACCAGAAGACCUAUUUCGUACACAAAUUUGAUAGUCGCAUAAAGUUUUCGGAUCAAAGGACGCAUGAAAUUACAAGAGUAAAUAACUUGCGUUGGUAGCUUUGAGGUUAAGAAGAGCUCGAAUCAAAAAUGGGAAAACGUUAUUACUGCGAUUAUUGCGAUAGAUCAUUCAAAGACGUUCCAGCUACGAGGAAAAAGCAUCUGGAGAGUUUGCAGCAUUUAAAAAAUAAAGAAGAGCAUUAUAAAUAUUUUAAAGAUCCUGAAAUAAUUUUAAAAGAAGAAAAGAUGAAAAAUCCUUGCAAUAGAUUUUUGUUCAAAGGAGAAUGUUUAUUUGGCUCUUCGUGUAGAUACUCUCACUAUAGUCCAGCGAUGAUUCAACAGUUGCAGUACAUAGUCGAUACAAGGAACAAAUCAAAGGAAGUCAAGACUUAUAAUCCAGAUCCUCAAGAGGUUGUGAAAUUUUUGGAAGAUUCUAUAAAAGCUGAUGAAAUUACAGAAAUCGAAAAAGAUUUGUGGCCACGUAUUCCAGGAUUGGACAAUAUCCCAAAUUUGCCACCAUCGUUGAGACCAAUUAGCUACAAAGACUUUACGGAUGGUGACUUUCCAGACUGGGGCUGGAUGUGAGCAUUUGAUUCUGAUGAACUUAUAUGGUAUUCAUGGAAAUAAGUCAAGCUUGAGAGUAUCGAUGACAGAUUUGCUUUGAGGGCACUUCUAUCACAGCCUCACAAUAGAGCUCCAGAGCAGAAAAUACUGCGCUAAUGAUCUGCGAUAACCAGCCAACAGAGAGCCCAAUUAAACUAUAUACACACACCAAACACAAGAGAGUGAAUUGUUUCAUUGAGCCUGGGCAAAUUGUCGAUAAUCGAUAAAUCGAUCUGAGCGCUGAGAGACCGUUAU